AUGCUUUCACGUCCCACCUACACGGUGCUGGGUUCAGAUCCCACCAACCGCAAAUGCAGAAUCAAUUGCUAUGCCUUUCAGCAGGAUGCCAUCGUCACGUUUCAAGGCUGGCAGUAUGCUGCCUUUUGCAGCCCCCUUCCAGAUGUCGCUGAACCGCUUUAUGUGCACCUCGCCAGGAGGCGGCUCCUAGAACCCCCACACGAUAAUCCGGGAGGCUGGGAGGUGCUGGCAUUGACAGACUACCCCCAGACAAUUGAUGACGGCCACAAUACCGUUCAGCUAGGCAUCUCUCCUGGUGACGGCACAAUUCAUCUAUCAUAUGAUCAUCAUUAUCUUGCCUUGAAACCCACCGAGUUCACCUGGAUAAGCUCCCACUUUACAACAACACUCGACUACCUUCCCGGGCUCCCUGCGUCUCACAAACCCUUCCAUUACGUCACCUACCCCCGGUUCUGUGCGGCCGAUUCUGAUCUUCUUUUUACGCUCAGAGACGGCAAAGCAGGUCUGGGAAACGACCAUCUUUAUGUCUACUCUUCUUCCUCUGGCCAUUGCUCCUACCUUGGCCAGCAUCUCACUGGGAUUCAAAGCAAUCCGUAUAUCCACGGCCUGAGCUACCGCUCGGGCAGACUGCAUUUGACAUGGGUCUACCGUGGUUUUGUCCACUAUGACGGAUGGGAUGAUCUCGCAGACACCAAGCACAAGCAGCAGGCUGGGCCCAACGGAGCGGAGAACAAUCAUAAUUUAUGUUAUGCUUACAGCGACGGCCUCGGAAAAACAUGGAAGAAUGGCCAGGGCAAAGAGAUUGCGUCAAAAGACCUGGGGAUUAGCACUAUCGAUAACAACAGCGAGGGGAUCGUUGUUUUUCGCAUCCCUAAAGGAUCAGGUCUCACAAAUCAGGAAUCUCAAGUCGUUGAUCUGGACGGCGGUGUCCAUGUUUUGAACAGGAGUUCCUUGCCAGUUGGAUUUAACAACAGGAGCGGCGUGGAAGCCGUCCAUUGGAGACAUUAUUACAAGGCGCCGGGUGAUGAUGGUGCGUCUGGUUUCCUUUGGCGUUGCUAUCAAAGCUAA